ACAGCAUCCCUAAAAAAGCACUUUCUGCUGCAGUCAGCAGCGAAUUACGGCUUCAAAAUUAACUACUCCAAAUUCCAUGGCUCGAUGUCGCUGUCCGCGAUGUCGAAGCCCAUCCUGUACUCGUACUGGCGCAGUUCGUGUUCCUGGCGAGUGCGCAUUGCGCUGAACCUAAAGGAGAUUCCAUACGACAUCAAGCCGAUCAGUUUAAUCAAGUCCGGAGGCGAACAGCACUGCAAUGAGUAUCGAGAGGUAAACCCAAUGGAACAAGUUCCGGCACUCCAAAUCGAUGGACACACGCUCAUCGAAUCGCUCUCGAUUAUGUACUAUCUGGAGGAAACGCGCCCUCAACGUCCACUCAUGCCGCAGGACGUGUUGAAGCGUGCCAAAGUACGGGAAAUCUGUGAGGUUGUCGCAUCCGGUGUCCAACCGUUGCAAAAUCUGAUUGUCCUCAUCCAUGUCGGUGAGGAAAAGAAAAAAGAAUGGGCACAACACUGGAUAACGCGUGGUUUCCGUGCGAUCGAGAAACUGCUCUCAACGUCGGCGGGCAAAUUUUGCGUAGGCGAUGAGAUUACUCUGGCCGACUGCUGUCUCGUGCCGCAGGUGUUCAAUGCACGUCGCUUCCAUGUCGAUCUGCGUCCGUAUCCAAUCAUUUUGCGUAUCGAUCGUGAACUUGAAGGACAUCCCGCUUUUCGGGCUGCCCAUCCAUCCAAUCAACCGGAUUGUCCUCCGGAAGCGGCCAAAUAA